CGCCAGCCUCGGCUUCCCAGAGUGGAUCCCAGGGGAUUACAGGCGUGAGCCACCGCACCCGGCCCAGAGAUAUUUCUAUGUUAACUCUCUGUUCAGCUGGUUCUCUCCCAUCAGUGAACCUAAAGCUGAUUCCCCUCCACCACCUGCAAGUUUUAACUUAUUUAUUUCCCCUUUUUUCCCAACAUUCACCCUAUUAAAAGCAAGCUUUAAGUUCAACUUAAUCACUACCAUUCAACUGGCUCUUGGCCAAAUAGUAGACUGUUUUGCAUCUUUUUGCUAUCUGGUUGCAUACUAACCUCACCUAGCAACUUGUAAACCCUCUGCAAACUUGGUAAGCUGAGAUUCUGGGUUUUGAUCCCAAGUCAGGGUGUGGUAAACACACAGACAAGGGCGGGACAGUGACAUUAGUGACUUGGAGUCAUUAUUAAAUGGAAUCUUUUUGAAAAGGAAUGAGUUUCCCAAAGAGUCCUCACCAACCGGAGUUAGUGACCACCUUGAUUUACCAGGAUGUGGGAGACACUUGCAUGUGGAGGAAUAGGAUUUGGGGCUUUUUCCACUUGGCUCUAGCAAAUCCCCUAGCUGGAGCUUUUGCCCUUUACAGAGAAGAAGGUGUCACUUUACGGAUCACUCGGGAGAACUGUGUCAUGGGCAAGUGUGUACAAGGUGCCUAGAGACGGGAUGUUUCUCCUGAAAGGACUCCUUCCCCAGGGAGGGAACUCACUAGAAGUCAGCGAAGGCACCAGCUGGAGCAAAGUGACUCUGAAGACACAAGAGGCUUUCAAGCAAAUCAUGUCUUUUUUUCAUUUGCUUUUUGUGUUGGCUGCUGCCCCAGGUCUUCUAGCUUUUCCAAAUUUUGUCAUUGAGAAUGUGAGCCCUCUUCUGGAAAAUGCCUCUGAACAUACACGGGUUGCCAGGAUCACUGUGUCUGUCUCACCUGGGGCUUCUCUAGUUGGAGACCCUGUUAUUAUCAAUGCGAAUCCUGCUGUCCAUCCAUUUGUGCUGUCUCGGAGAUCCACACGUCUGUGGGAAUUAUCCACGACCGGAGUCCCCAAGCUGGACUUUGAGACGGUGAAGAUCUAUUCCCUGGUGAUCUAUGCCAAAGACAACCAAGGGACAACAGCAUCACAGGCCAUUUUAAUCCAGAUUGCGGAUGUGAAUGAGCCGCCCACCUUCUCUGGAUCCCUUGCCCAGCGGGACCAAGUUACUGAGAUUUAUAUUCGAGAAGAUACUGCCCCGGGCACAGUCAUUUACAGAGCAACAGCCAAGGACCCCGAGGAUGCUGUUUUGGAGUACUUCAUUUCCCCGGAGGGUUCUGGCUUCACAGUCGACAGUGUGGGGACAAUUUCCACAGCAGUGGCUUUUGAUUUUGAGAGCAAAGCUACAAGUUUCUCCCUAGUUAUUAAAGUGGUCGAUCCUCAAGGACUGUUUACUGAUGGAAAUCUCAAGAUCUUCCUCAUCAACGUGAACAACAAGGACCCCAUUCUUACCUGCAGUCUUGAAGGUGCCGUCUCUAGUGUUACUUCUAUAAACUCGAGUCUGCACAAUAAAGUCAAUAUCACGCUGGAUGAAGAAAUUCCAAUUGGGAAAAGGAUUGGAGUAUGCCAGGCAACUGAUGAAGAUAACCUGGGAGAUCUCACCUUUGAACUGGAUCCGUGGAAUGUUGACUUUAUUGUUGACAAAGAGCGUGGGACUGUGGUCACUGCUACCCGUCUGGACGUGGAGAGAGCUGGGUUUGCGGGUGUUCAGCCCUUCUCCAUCAAGGCCUGUGACGGCGACCGGCGCUGUGCGGCCAUCCCAGUGACUGCCCACAUCCACGGCAUUAACGACAACUCGCCUUUCUGUGACCGGUAUCUGAUUAGGUACACAGGCAAGGAGGUGAUUACGAAGGGCACAGUAGUUGCAAGACUCUCGUGUCACGACCUUGAUGAGCCUCCUGAUACAAUCCAUUAUGCUCCUAGCUCGGGCCCGGUUGGCUCUGGACAGCUCUUUGAGCAAGUGCCAAACGCCGACAAUUGCAUACAGGUUGCCAGAGAGUUGGAUUAUGAAGACCCAGAGCUGGUCACAGCUGGGCAUAUCUACGAAAUGAUGAUUUCAGUCUUUGAUGACCUACGCCCUUCCCAUACAGUGACGGUGACGGUCAUUGUGGAGAUUGCUCCUGCCAACGAUUUCAGCCCUGAAUUUAAAGCUGCACACUAUUCAUUCUCCAUUCCGGAAACGUCAGGAGCUUUCUACAAAGUUGGAAGGGUGACUGCCAUUGAUGAAGACCACCCGCCAAACUGCGUGACGUACAAAAUCACCAACGGAGACAUUGAGGUUGUGCAAAGAUUCUGGAUUCACCCUCUCUCUGGGAUGAUUGAACUCACCACGCAGCCGGACUAUGAGUCUGUGAAGCAAUAUAACCUCACUGUGGAGGCCGUGGACUGUGACAGAUUUCGCCCGCGUACAGCGAUGGCCACGGUCACUGUUGACAUCGAAGAUGAGAAUGAUGAAGCACCUGUCUGCACACCCUCUCUGUAUAAGGCCGUCAUUUUUGACAAUGCUGUCGCUGGGACUAACGUCAAUGGCUUCAAACUAAACUGCCACGACAGAGACUCACAGGAUUUUGAGAUGCGCUUCGAGAUGGUUUCUGGAAAUGAGAACCAUCAUUUUGGAUUUGACCCGACUCGAGGCUCAAACACUCCAAAAUUAAUUGUGAAGAAUCCUUUCAACUUUGAAUCUAGAGCUGAACUGCAGCGACAGUACCACCUCGUGGUGCAUGUAAUUGAUGACAACCUGAAAUAUGGCAGAUCCACCAAGCCUAGGACAGGCACUGCUAUUAUAGAUAUUUAUGUGACAAGAGCCAAUAUGCCACCUCCUCCAACCACCAGCUCUGAACAAAGAAAAGGUCUGACCGUUGUGUACACAGCUAUCAACACGUUCAAAUCCAGUGACUGGUACAUUCCUUUCAUCUUCACUCUGAUGGCUGUUUUCUUUGUUGGGUUCGUCUCCUGGGUAUGUUUCCUGCUUUGGAAAUACGGAAACAUUAUGGGAUGCUGUCAGAAAAUGGCUAAAGAAGUCUCCAAGCCCAUACCUAAAGGAAUGAAGUACAUUACAGGAGAUAGAAAUCCAAAGGGAAAGACCGUCAUAGGAAACAGAAAUAAAAACUUAGAAUUGUUAACAGAAACCAUUGUGUGUGAGACUGUGUUUGAUGGAGAAGCCAUUGAUCCAGUCUCCGGGAACGUUUAUGAAUAUAACAGCAGAACAGGUGCAAGAAAGUGGAAAAAGUCCCCCAGGCACCAGGAGGAGUCCUUGGCAAACAUAUACUCCCUCCCAGAACCAGUCUCUUCUGAGGAAUCUACAUCCUUAAACAUUCCUUUGCAAGGGUAGCAUUUUCCAGCGUCUCUGAAGGAUUGCUUUUUUGCGUAUGUGACUGUCACAGGCAGUUUUUCUGGGCUAUCUAAAAUUAAAUUAUACAUGCUAGGCCAGCUGCUCUGUUUUUAUAGCUUUGUGUCAUCUUCCAGUUCAGAGGGGCUGGUGAGGGCAGCAGGAGUGGUCAGCUUUGAGUCUCUGAUUAUGUUUUUCUGAAAACUGGAGACUAAAUUGGUGCGUGUUCUUUGUCCUACUUUGCCCAGUAGAAUGUAUGCUUCUUAAGAUCAGAGAGUUUGUUUAGCUCCCUGCUGUGGUGCCAACACAUGAUUUGCACAGGGUGGGGGCUCUGUAGG